UUCACUUUUGGGCACCCACUUUUAAAUGGGGUAUCAGCAUUGCUAAUAUUGCUGACUUUGCUAAACCUCCUGAGAAACUUUCCUAUCCUCAGCAAAUAGCGGUUACUUGUACUGGAGUUAUAUGGUCACGCUACAGCACUGUAAUUACUCCAAAAAAUUGGAAUCUAUUUAGUGUUAAUGUUGCAAUGGCUGCAACAGGCAUCUACCAACUCAGUCGCAAAAUACAGCACGAUUACUUUUCUGAGGCCGAAGCUGCUGUUGCAAAGGAAUAA